CAGGGAAAUACACCUGUUUCAGACCAGCAGCCCGUGGGGACAGGUUCACCUGUGUUCCUCACACCACCACUUCAGUCCUAAGGAGCCUCCCUGGGGGAGCUUGAGGGACUCUUUCUGGAGCCAUGAGGGGGGUCCACCAGAGGAGGGUCCCCUGGGUGUUUCUGAGCUGCUUAUGUUCCUGCCUCCUUUGGCCAGAGGUCCUGGGUGGAAACACUAUGACAACUACUAUUACUGAGGAGAAAUACCCAUCGAAUAUCAGCUACAUAACUCCCACAAAAGAAAACCUCUCAAAAGAAGUAACAUCAACAAACAAAACUGAAAGAAAAAAGAGGGAAACUUCAAAUUCUGGUACUUACAAAUCAACUAUGGUGAGUUCAUCAGUCUCAGCGACAACUGGACCAGGGCCCCAGUCAACCUCACCCUCUUCCACCACCUCUGCUGAGGGGACAGCAGCAUCUUCUCUGGUCCACCAGACUCAGAGCAUGGAGACCACCAGAGAAACCCACAGCAGCGCCAUCGCAGCUGUGAGCUCCUCGACACCUUUAUCUUCCACAAGUGGACACCCUCUUACAGAAGGCGCUUCCCGGGAGACAUCCCCUUCGGGGGACCCAACCUCUUCAUCCGCGUCCAGACCCACCCCCACACCUGCAACAACAUCAGCCGUGUCGACAGCACCUGCUUCUACAGAUGGCACUUCCCCCACUUCCAGCCUAAGCAACACACCCCCAACAACAUCACGGGUGGUCACAUCCCCAGUUACAACCGACACCACUGUGGGAGGCCCAGGGGACACGUCCCCACCCGGCACAAGAACCAUCACUCCAGGCACCUCAUCAGUCUCAGCGACAACUGGACCAGGGCCCCAGUCAACCUCACCCUCUUCCACCACCUCUGCUGAGGGGACAGCAGCAUCUUCUCUGGUCCACCAGACUCAGAGCAUGGAGACCACCAGAGAAACCCACAGCAGCGCCAUCGCAGCUGUGAGCUCCUCGACACCUUUAUCUUCCACAAGUGGACACCCUCUUACAGAAGGCGCUUCCCGGGAGACAUCCCCUUCGGGGGACCCAACCUCUUCAUCCGCGUCCAGACCCACCCCCACACCUGCAACAACAUCAGCCGUGUCGACAGCACCUGCUUCUACAGAUGGCACUUCCCCCACUUCCAGCCUAAGCAACACACCCCCAACAACAUCACGGGUGGUCACAUCCCCAGUUACAACCGACACCACUGUGGGAGGCCCAGGGGACACGUCCCCACCCGGCACAAGAACCAUCACUCCAGGCACCUCAUCAGUCUCAGCGACAACUGGACCAGGGCCCCAGUCAACCUCACCCUCUUCCACCACCUCUGCUGAGGGGACAGCAGCAUCUUCUCUGGUCCACCAGACUCAGAGCAUGGAGACCACCAGAGAAACCCACAGCAGCGCCAUCGCAGCUGUGAGCUCCUCGACACCUUUAUCUUCCACAAGUGGACACCCUCUUACAGAAGGCGCUUCCCGGGAGACAUCCCCUUCGGGGGACCCAACCUCUUCAUCCGCGUCCAGACCCACCCCCACACCUGCAACAACAUCAGCCGUGUCGACAGCACCUGCUUCUACAGAUGGCACUUCCCCCACUUCCAGCCUAAGCAACACACCCCCAACAACAUCACGGGUGGUCACAUCCCCAGUUACAACCGACACCACUGUGGGAGGCCCAGGGGACACGUCCCCACCCGGCACAAGAACCAUCACUCCAGGCACCUCAUCAGUCUCAGCGACAACUGGACCAGGGCCCCAGUCAACCUCACCCUCUUCCACCACCUCUGCUGAGGGGACAGCAGCAUCUUCUCUGGUCCACCAGACUCAGAGCAUGGAGACCACCAGAGAAACCCACAGCAGCGCCAUCGCAGCUGUGAGCUCCUCGACACCUUUAUCUUCCACAAGUGGACACCCUCUUACAGAAGGCGCUUCCCGGGAGACAUCCCCUUCGGGGGACCCAACCUCUUCAUCCGCGUCCAGACCCACCCCCACACCUGCAACAACAUCAGCCGUGUCGACAGCACCUGCUUCUACAGAUGGCACUUCCCCCACUUCCAGCCUAAGCAACACACCCCCAACAACAUCACGGGUGGUCACAUCCCCAGUUACAACCGACACCACUGUGGGAGGCCCAGGGGACACGUCCCCACCCGGCACAAGAACCAUCACUCCAGGCACCUCAUCAGUCUCAGCGACAACUGGACCAGGGCCCCAGUCAACCUCACCCUCUUCCACCACCUCUGCUGAGGGGACAGCAGCAUCUUCUCUGGUCCACCAGACUCAGAGCAUGGAGACCACCAGAGAAACCCACAGCAGCGCCAUCGCAGCUGUGAGCUCCUCGACACCUUUAUCUUCCACAAGUGGACACCCUCUUACAGAAGGCGCUUCCCGGGAGACAUCCCCUUCGGGGGACCCAACCUCUUCAUCCGCGUCCAGACCCACCCCCACACCUGCAACAACAUCAGCCGUGUCGACAGCACCUGCUUCUACAGAUGGCACUUCCCCCACUUCCAGCCUAAGCAACACACCCCCAACAACAUCACGGGUGGUCACAUCCCCAGUUACAACCGACACCACUGUGGGAGGCCCAGGGGACACGUCCCCACCCGGCACAAGAACCAUCACUCCAGGCACCUCAUCAGUCUCAGCGACAACUGGACCAGGGCCCCAGUCAACCUCACCCUCUUCCACCACCUCUGCUGAGGGGACAGCAGCAUCUUCUCUGGUCCACCAGACUCAGAGCAUGGAGACCACCAGAGAAACCCACAGCAGCGCCAUCGCAGCUGUGAGCUCCUCGACACCUUUAUCUUCCACAAGUGGACACCCUCUUACAGAAGGCGCUUCCCGGGAGACAUCCCCUUCGGGGGACCCAACCUCUUCAUCCGCGUCCAGACCCACCCCCACACCUGCAACAACAUCAGCCGUGUCGACAGCACCUGCUUCUACAGAUGGCACUUCCCCCACUUCCAGCCUAAGCAACACACCCCCAACAACAUCACGGGUGGUCACAUCCCCAGUUACAACCGACACCACUGUGGGAGGCCCAGGGGACACGUCCCCACCCGGCACAAGAACCAUCACUCCAGGCACCUCAUCAGUCUCAGCGACAACUGGACCAGGGCCCCAGUCAACCUCACCCUCUUCCACCACCUCUGCUGAGGGGACAGCAGCAUCUUCUCUGGUCCACCAGACUCAGAGCAUGGAGACCACCAGAGAAACCCACAGCAGCGCCAUCGCAGCUGUGAGCUCCUCGACACCUUUAUCUUCCACAAGUGGACACCCUCUUACAGAAGGCGCUUCCCGGGAGACAUCCCCUUCGGGGGACCCAACCUCUUCAUCCGCGUCCAGACCCACCCCCACACCUGCAACAACAUCAGCCGUGUCGACAGCACCUGCUUCUACAGAUGGCACUUCCCCCACUUCCAGCCUAAGCAACACACCCCCAACAACAUCACGGGUGGUCACAUCCCCAGUUACAACCGACACCACUGUGGGAGGCCCAGGGGACACGUCCCCACCCGGCACAAGAACCAUCACUCCAGGCACCUCAUCAGUCUCAGCGACAACUGGACCAGGGCCCCAGUCAACCUCACCCUCUUCCACCACCUCUGCUGAGGGGACAGCAGCAUCUUCUCUGGUCCACCAGACUCAGAGCAUGGAGACCACCAGAGAAACCCACAGCAGCGCCAUCGCAGCUGUGAGCUCCUCGACACCUUUAUCUUCCACAAGUGGACACCCUCUUACAGAAGGCGCUUCCCGGGAGACAUCCCCUUCGGGGGACCCAACCUCUUCAUCCGCGUCCAGACCCACCCCCACACCUGCAACAACAUCAGCCGUGUCGACAGCACCUGCUUCUACAGAUGGCACUUCCCCCACUUCCAGCCUAAGCAACACACCCCCAACAACAUCACGGGUGGUCACAUCCCCAGUUACAACCGACACCACUGUGGGAGGCCCAGGGGACACGUCCCCACCCGGCACAAGAACCAUCACUCCAGGCACCUCAUCAGUCUCAGCGACAACUGGACCAGGGCCCCAGUCAACCUCACCCUCUUCCACCACCUCUGCUGAGGGGACAGCAGCAUCUUCUCUGGUCCACCAGACUCAGAGCAUGGAGACCACCAGAGAAACCCACAGCAGCGCCAUCGCAGCUGUGAGCUCCUCGACACCUUUAUCUUCCACAAGUGGACACCCUCUUACAGAAGGCGCUUCCCGGGAGACAUCCCCUUCGGGGGACCCAACCUCUUCAUCCGCGUCCAGACCCACCCCACACCUGCAACAACAUCAGCCGUGUCGACAGCACCUGCUUCUACAGAUGGCACUUCCCCCACUUCCAGCCUAAGCAACACACCCCCAACAACAUCACGG